AUGUGUUCGACAUGUUCUCCAAUACCAAAACCCUUCCAUACCGUGAUUAUCGGCAGGCCAUGGACCCAGAAAUCCGGGGCUUUAGUAAGAGCCCAAGUGCCAGUCGCUCCUAAGAGUUCUGGCCUUCACACUUUUCCUGAGUUGUCAAAGCAAGUGAUUUCUCUCACUGAUCUGCAGUUGGUGGAGAUUGUCGAAAAGCAAUCUCGAACCAGCAGCCCUUUCCCAGAGAGUGAGCACCGGAAGCUGCAGUUUCACCCCCCUUUUCUUGAUGAGGCCUACGAAAGGUGUCGGAAGCUUUGCGCUGAAUAUGCUAAAACAUUUUAUUUAGGAACUUUAUUAAUGACAGAGGAAAGGCAGAAGGCCAUAUGGGCAAUAUACGUGUGGUGCAGAAGAACAGACGAAUUGGUCGAUGGUCCCAAUGCCACCUACAUGAGCUCCACCGUUCUUGAUCGGUGGGAAGAGCGACUCCAGGACUUAUUUGACGGACACCCUUAUGACAUGCUCGAUGCUGCUCUUGCAGACACUGUAUUCAAAUUCCCCUUGGACAUUACGCCCUUUAGGGACAUGAUUGAGGGGAUGAGAAUGGACACAAGAAAAUGCCGCUACGAGAACUUUCAGGAGCUUUAUCUCUAUUGCUAUUAUGUCGCUGGAACGGUUGGCCUAAUGAGUGUUCCGGUGAUGGGAAUCACAGUGGAUUCUUCCAUUUCAAAUCAAAGCAUAUACAACGCAGCUCUAUAUUUGGGUAUCGGAAAUCAACUUACCAACAUUCUCCGGGAUGUUGGGGAGGAUGCUCUGAGGGGCAGGGUUUACCUUCCUCAAGAUGAGCUUGCACAGUUCGGGUUAACCGACGAGGAUGUUUUCUCAAGAAAGGUGACAGAUCGUUGGAGGGAGUUCAUGAAACAGCAGAUCACCAGGGCAAGAUUUUAUUUCAACAUGGCCGAGGAAGGAGUUUCGCAUCUCAACAAGGCCAGCAGGUGGCCGGUGUGGUCAUCAUUAAUGAUAUACCGCAAGAUCUUGGAUGAGAUUGAGGAGAAUGAUUAUGACAACUUGACAAAGAGAGCUUAUGUUGGGAGGACUAAGAAGCUUCUCACUUUGCCUCUGGCAUACAGUAGAGCAACUUCAGUGCCUACCUAG